AUGGCAGCACAGAAGGAAAAAUGGCCAAGGCAAGGGUACCAGAACACAGAUGUAGUUAUAGGCAACCCACUAAAAACCGGCAACGAAACGGUCAAAGUGGUAUUGGUUGAACCAAAUGACCUAGACAUGGAACAAGGCAUUCAACAAAUGUAUAAAACAAGGUUCCCGGGCAUAGAGGAUCUCAAGAACGAUCUUGAAGUACUAGAGCAAACGACAAAAAUGAAAACGAACGGGCAGAACAAAGAAAUCAAGCAGAAAGUAGUAAAGAUAACCCUUGGUCCGACAGAAGAAGAUAUGUGGAACAAGCUAAAAAGGCUGAAACAAGAAACAGAAAAUGACCAAGUGGUCGCUAUAAACCACGCAGAAGGGACUACGCUAGAAUGCCUAAGAAAAAUGACGGAAGCAAUCUUCCACAAAUCAACGACAAAAGUGAAUAUCUACACCACAAACAGGAAAACGCUCGAAGAAGGACAACUAGCAACAAAAAUGAGGGAGGCAAAUAAACCUGAAAGAAACUCAUAUGCCCUGGUAGUAGAGGAAGCGGGUAAAGACGCAAAAACUCUAAUGAGGGACAUAAAAGGUAAGCUCACCAAAACAGCCGGGAGCGAGAAAAUCCUGAGCAUAAGAAAUACAAAAGAGGGAAAGCUACUUAUCACACUGGAAAAAGAUGAGAAAACGGCACACAACUUUGACGAAGCUAUAAAGAGCAUCUCAGAAAACGUCAAAACCAGGGUCCUUGGAGCAACGGUACAAGACAAAGAAACGUUCCACAUCAGGGGAAUGGACUCACUCACAACAAAGGAAGAGGUGCUAGAGGCAAUUGAAGAGAAAACCGGUAAAUUAACUGAACACUCUUUCAAACUGAGCGAGCUUAGGCCGCAGGCAAACGGAACGCAAGCCGUCACCCUAACAGUCGAAAAGAAACUCGCGGAAAAGUUAACCGCAGAUAAGUAUAUCAAGAUAGGCCUCGUAAGAUGCUAUAUAGAAAAGAACGUCACCGUUGAGAGGUGCAGGAAAUGCUGGUCACAUAACCACAUAACAAGCAACUGCACGGGUCCGGAUAGAACGAAGGCUUGCUACAAGUGUGGGAAGGAGGGACACCAAGCGAAGGAUUGCCAAGAAGAAGAAAGCUGUCCAAUAUGCCAAACCAACGGCCACAGAGCAGGCACUGGGAAAUGCCUCGCGUUCAAAAAAUCUGAGGUGAGGAUUUUAAUAAAUACCAUUGUGCUGACUGAAGAACUAUUUGACGACCGCUACGAAGUAUUUCGUAGGGAUAGAGUCAGCCAUUAA